CUGGCUCUCCCUCUCGCAUAAAGGGGACUGCACCCCUUAAUUGUCUACUUGUGUUACUGGAAAGCAUUCACGGCGGAUCUACAAUAUAUGACGAUGGAGUAUGACGAAGUUGCAGCUGACAAAGCCGAUGAAGUAUACUAUGCCUGGGUGAAGCAGAUUUGUACCAGGGAGAACCUAGAAAAGCUCGGAAGUCUGGUAGCCAAGGUUCGGUCAGGCAAGAAAGCACAGUCAAUGGAACUGGAGAAAGGCGCUUUCAAUGCGUGCUUUGUUUUCCGAUAUGAGGACCAGCAUUUGGACACUGUCAUUCGAUUUCCUCAACCGGGGCGGGUGAGAUUUCCAGACGAAAAGGUCGAAAAGGAGGUCGCAGUCAUGUGCUUUGUCAAAACCCAUACGACCAUUCCAGUACCCAAAAUACUCGAGCAUGGGAAAUGUGAAUUUGGGCCCUAUAUUAUAAUGGAAUAUGUCCAUGGAAACAAGUUAUCAAUGGGGCUACAGAUAUCUGAAGACAAUGCUGCACUGAAGGAAGACAUUGAUGAUGACAAGCUGAAGAAGGUGUAUCGCCAAAUGGCAGAUGUCAUGGUUGAACUAUCAAGAAUUAAUUUUCCUCGCAUUGGCUCAAUCACUGACGAUGGUACUGUCAACGGCCGUCCGCUUACAGAGGACAUGGUCUUCCUGGCUGAACAGGGAAAUGUUCAGCCAUCUAUUCAAGCAGGAAAGACAUUCUCAUCUACCCGCAACUACUUGAAAUUUUUGACUACCCAGCUCCUUCACCAUCUUGAAACACAACGGCAUGGGUUUAUCAAGGACGAGGUUGAUUGUCGACGCAAGUACAUUGCGCGUUGCAUAUUCCAGAACAUUGUCGAUUCACUGCGACCUAAGGGCAGGUUCGGGAGAAUCGCUCCAUCUCGACUUUUUCGACCCAAAUGCCGAUCCCAUUUGGCUUGUGACGAUUUUCGCCCCACGAAUGUGCUGGUUGAUGAGAAUUUACAGAUCAAGGCCGUCAUAGAUUGGGAGUUUUGCUAUGCUGCUCCUGCGGAGUUUGGACAGGUGGCUCCGUGGUGGUUACUACUUCAGCGACCGGAGAAUUUUCAACCGAAUCUUCAAAGCUUUGAGACAGCAUUUAGAUCCAAACUUCCUUUAUUUCUAGAAGCAUUGUCCGAGUCUGAAGCGUUGGCGAUGAGUAGAGGAAGACUUCGGCAAUCACAACGCACUUCUGAGAAGAUGAAGAAGGACAUGGAAAACGACCUUGAGCUUUUUUGGAUCAUCUACGCUGCGCAGAACAGCUAUGCCUUUGACAGGGUAUACUGGACCUUCAUUCAUUACCGGCAUUUUAAAACAGAACGUGAAGAAGAGCUGCUAAAUCUGCUCACAGAUGAACAGCGAAAGAAGCUUCCCUUAUUUGUGCAUGGCAAGCUGGAAGACACAAAAAUACCUGGACUAGCUGAGUGGUAGACAAACGAAUAGGAAC